UAUCAAAAUACAAGGUAUAGUAUACAAAGAAAUCAAAGAACGAAUUAGCAAGACAGAAGCUAUAAUCCAUGCUGAUUUUUCAGAAAAUUUUUCAUGUAAACUGAGUGAAGAAAUACAGAGCUAUCACUUUGGUGGGAGCAGAAAACAAGUUUCAUUACACACAGGAAUAUUGUAUCUCUAUAAUGAGAGCCCUAUACCAUUUUCUACUGUGUCACCCUCAAAAGACCAUAGUCCACUAGCUAUUUGGGCCCACUUGGAUCCCAUUCUAGAGUUUUUGAAAACAAAUUAUCCUGAAGUGACAACAGUUCAUUUCUUUUCCGAUGGACCUUCCAGCCAAUAUAAACAAAAAAAUAACUUCUAUUUAUUUUCAUCCAUUUUACACCAAAUGGGAUUUAAAAAUGGUACCUGGAAUUUUUUUGAAUCCUCUCAUGGAAAAGGAGCACCAGAUGGUGUAGGAGGUGCUCUGAAGCGGUUGGGCAAUCAUCUGGUUGCCCAUGGUCUUGAUAUUCCUAAUGCAGAGACAUUUUAUGAACUUGUGAAAGACCACACCCAGAAGAUAAAACUUUUUUAUGUUUCGGAAGCUGAUUUAUUGAAGUACACUGAUAAUCUACCUAUUACUCCUCUAGCAACUAUACAGGGUACAAGGCAGAUCCAUCAAAUAAUAACAUUCAAAGAAAUGGAAAUGUUUUACAGGUCACUCUCCUGUUUCUGUGCAGAGAAUGAUUGGGCUUGUGAAAAACUCUGCAAUUGUUUUUUUAAAGCACAGUUUGUAUCUUUUGACAAACAGAAAGAUGAAUUGAAAGGAAAAAAGAAAAAGAGCCGUUAUUACCAAAUUUAUGAUUCAUCGUCAGAAUCAGAACAAGAUAUAACAUUUCAAGAGACUGAUGAUGAAGAUGCAAAUCUCGAGGAAUUGAUUGAGAGAGGGGAGGAAGAACUUGAACCUCAAUUGUUUGAAAUCCCGUCAAAAACCAACAUUGUCCAAGGAGCAUUCAUCAUUGUAGAGCUGUUAGGUGGGGCUAGGAAAAAAUUGAAACAUAAAUACGCUGCAGUUGUGACAAAAGUGUGCCUGGAGGAAGAGGAUGGGGACUAUUCUGUCAUGUUCUUGAUCAAACAAGGCAAACAAGGCAACAGUUACAUCGCCGAUGAAAAAGAUGAAUCAAUAAUUGACUUGAAGCAAGUGAAAGUGAUUCUACCACAACCAAAAAUUGUGUUGAAAGGCUUACAGCGGGUUGUUUAUGAGUUUCCUUUCAAUUUGGAAAGGGAACUGGUGUAGGCCCAAUGGUGGUGUUUUCAUUAUAGCCUAAAGAAGGAUUUCAUUAUUGGCCUACUGUAAUUUCUGCUUAAUUUUCUCCCAUACUUUUUAUAUUAACCUUUAAAUUAAUAAACUUUCAAUUUUUCAUCUUAUUUAGCCUUUAUUAUAUUAAAU